CCUUCUUCUUUUCUCCAUCUGUUUUCCUUCCUCCGUUCACUCUCUCUCUCUCUCCUCUCUCUUCCCAAAUUUAUUCCUUCACUUUCUUGACAAAUUUCCUCAAAAAUCGUCUUCUUGCACAGAUCCCUUCGAAUCUGCGCCCAAAAAUUUCCCCAAAAUUUGGUGUCUUGGAUUUGUUAUUAUUAUUUUUUUCUCGCUCCAAAUUGUCAUUUUCUUUAUUUUCCCAAAUCUUCCAGUUCUUUGUCACCAUCUUUCUGUUAUAUAUAUAUAUAUAUUGUUUCAAAUUUUGCUUUUAAUCUGCUUUUCGGAGGAAUGUAUCACAUAGGAAGGGUUUCGAAGGGGAAAAGUUAGUUGCGGAUUUAGGGUUUCUUUUUCUGAAGAUGUAACUUGAAUGGUGUUGAUUCAUUUAUCUAUUGCCUUUUUUUUUAUGCCCGUUUAUUCAUGAUUUGAUCGUUAGAUACUGAUAUUUCAAUAAUCUUGUUUUUGUUCUGAUAUUGGAGAUUAAGGGUUUGAGGUGGUGAUUGAUUUUAUGAUUGAAGGGUUGGGGAGAUUUUCCGAUGAUUGUGCAUGGUGGGUCGGUGAUGGAUCUGAGAUUUAUUUGGAGAAUAUAAUUGUUCAGCGAUUGAUCUGCAAAGAGGGUUUACUGAUUUGGGAUCGUGAGUUGAUUGGAAUUUGAAGAACGGGAAUAAGAUAUUGUUUUUUUUUUUUGGGCAUUUGGGAUUGGAGUUGGACUGGGAUUCGAAUAAUAGGAGAGUAAGUUAUUAGGCUCUUUUGGAGAGGUAAUUUUGAUUGGGAUUUAAUGAUGGAUCAUGUAAUUGGUUCAAAGUUUAAGCUUGGGCGGAAGAUCGGGAGUGGAUCUUUCGGCGAGCUCUAUUUGGGAGUAAAUGUUCAAACUGGGGAGGAAGUUGCUGUAAAGCUGGAAUCAAUAAAGACUAAGCACCCUCAGCUUCACUAUGAAUCAAAAUUGUACAUGCUUCUUCAGGGAGGAACUGGUAUACCCCACCUCAAAUGGUUUGGAGUUGAAGGCGAAUACAAUGCCAUGGUUAUUGACCUUCUUGGGCCAAGCUUAGAAGACUUGUUCAACUACUGUAAUCGGAAAUUCACUUUGAAAACAGUUUUAAUGCUUGCUGAUCAGUUAAUAAAUAGAGUUGAGUAUAUGCACUCGAGAGGUUUUCUACAUCGUGAUAUUAAGCCUGACAACUUUUUAAUGGGUUUAGGGCGCAAAGCAAAUCAGGUAUAUGUCAUUGACUAUGGCCUUGCAAAGAAGUAUAGAGAUCUCCAAACACACAAACACAUACCAUACAGGGAAAACAAAAAUCUCACGGGCACAGCUCGCUAUGCAAGUGUUAACACCCACCUUGGAGUUGAGCAAAGCAGAAGGGAUGAUCUGGAAUCUCUUGGUUAUGUGCUUAUGUAUUUUCUGAGGGGAAGCCUUCCCUGGCAGGGUUUGAAAGCCGGCACUAAAAAGCAGAAAUAUGAUAAAAUCAGUGAAAAGAAGAUGCUGACUCCAAUAGAGGUGCUUUGCAAAUCUCAUCCAUCAGAAUUCAUCUCAUACUUCCACUAUUGUCGAUCAUUACGGUUUGAUGACAAACCAGAUUAUUCAUACUUAAAGAGGCUUUUCCGUGACCUGUUUAUUCGAGAAGGUUAUCAGUUUGACUAUGUUUUUGACUGGACCAUUUUGAAGUACCCGCAGAUUGGAUCCAGUUCUAGAGGACGGCAGCCAGUCGGGAAAUUACCUUUGAACCCAGGACCAUCUGCGGAAAGAAUAGACAAGACUCCAGUGAGACAAGAGAUUCGAGAUAAAUUCUCAGGUGCAGUUGAGGCAUUUGCUAGAAGGAAUGGUUCUGGUACUGGCUUGCAUGGUGACCACUCCAGGCACAGAUCUUCAGAGGAUAUACCAUCAUCCAAGGAUGUGCAAGCUGAUCCCGAACGAAGCCGUCGAAAUGGCAGUACUUCAAAGAGGGUUGUCAUGUCAAGCAGCCGGCCAAGUUCUUCUGGUGAACCCAGUGAGAAUCGGGCGAGCCGGCUAGGCUCCGGCAGUGGUCGACUGUCCGCUAACCACAGGAUCCAACCUGGGUUCGAGUCUAAAUCAUCAUCUUUCACUCGUGCUGCAGCUGCAAGAGGUGGCCGUGAUGAUACUCUGCGGAGUUUCGAGCUGCUAACCAUUGGCACAGGAAAGAGGAAAUAAAGAGGAUGACAGAAAUUCAUGCUAAGGGGAGAAAAUCUCAGUCUUUGCUUCUAUCAAGAUCUCAGCACUACUGCGUUCUUAGCUCUGUUAGCAUACGUGAAUAUCCUUUAUUGGGUUUCCAUUCAUAGCCGGAGCGCAGAUUUAAGUUUUUCCUUGAAACACUUGGAGAUGCUCUGCUUCACCAAUUCUUGCGAUGAUUAUAUUGCAUUACGAACUUGUCGAAGAAAGAGAUUAGAUGUUUCACCUUAGGGAAUUGUUCAUAUAUUUGAGACCUUGGUAGUUGUAAUAAAUACUGGUAUUAUGAUGAACUUUACUUCGAGACCA